AUGCUUUCGACCCGUGGAGAAGCAUACGCGAAGGCGGGAUUGGCCGAUGGCUACCUUGGCCCCCGUAAGGCCCCUUUUGAUAAAGAUACCAAGCAGGGUGUCGUGUCUUUCAGCAAUGCUGAGAAUUUUCUGAUGCAAGAUGUUCUGCUUGAAUACAUCCGCACGCAGGUAGAACCAAGCCUCGACAGCACAAAUCUCACCUACCAUGAAGGCCCCUUUGGGUCAAGCCGCCUCCGAGCCGCGAUGGCUAAUCUGAUUGCGACAUACUUUCACCCCGCCAAGCCAAUCUCACCUGAGCACAUCGUUUUCACAAAUGGCGUGACGAGUCUAAAUGCGGUUUGUGCUCAGUGUCUCACCAACCCCGGCGACGGGAUUUUGCUGGGGCAACCAAUCUACGGGUCCUUCACCGGAGAUCUCAGCGUCCUGUCAGGCUGCCAACUGAUCUACUCUCCUUUCCACGGGGACGAUCAAUUUAGCGUAGACGCCGUGGCUCGGUAUGAGGAGGCUUUUUUAAAAGCUCGGGACGAGACCGGGGUAGCAAUAAAAGCUCUCCUGAUCUGUAACCCGCACAACCCGCUCGGUCGAUGCUACUCUCGCGAGACCUUGGUGGUGCUACUGCAGUUCUGUCAGAAAUACCAGAUCCAUCUCAUCAGCGACGAAGUGUACGCACUCUCGGUGUACGACAAUGGUGAUCCCAGUCAUGGCUUCGUUUCUGUUCUGUCGAUCGAUCCUGUCACGCUCGGGGUAGAUCCAGCCCUAGUCCAUGUGCUGUACGGGAUGUCGAAGGAUUUCGCCGCAGCGGGGUUAAGGCUAGGAUGUUUGAUCAGCCAAAAUAAGAGGUUCUUACAAGCGGCUUUAUCGUUGAGUCGUUUUCAUUGGCCUUCGAAUAUAUCCUGCAGCAUUGCCACCGCUGUUCUCGAGGACCAAGACUUUGUGAAGAGCUUUCUUCAGAGAAGCCACAAAUUACUUCGUUCACAUCGGGAUUUAGCGGCGCGAGCCUUGGGGGAGGCGGGGAUCCCUUUUUCAAAAGGAAGUGUUGCGGGAUUUUUCCUCUGGAUUGAUUUGUCCAAGUUUUUGGAUCAUGCGAUCGUGACUAGUCAAGGCGGGUGGGCUGCAGAGCUGGAUUUGUCCCGCCGGCUGCAAGAGAUUGGGGUGGUAAUGUCGUCAGGGCAUGCCUAUCAUAAUGAGGUUCCAGGUUGGUUUCGCGUCAUAUUCUCGGUGGAGGUGGAGAGCCUGAAGAUGGGUUUGGCAAGAAUUAUCCAGUUAUAUCACGGCUCGGUUGAUCGUCUGGUAUCUGGUUGA